AUGCAGACUGUGGCUAGCCAGAGCGCUUUCGCGCCCACCGGGAUCCGGUCCGCACCCCUGCGCACGAGCGGCACCCGCGCCAGGCCCAGCACCCUGGUCCGCUCCAACAAGAAGACCGACAUCGCCAAGCAGGGUCUGAACGGGAUCGAGAAUGAGGUGGUGAAGAACAACCUGAUGGGCCGCUCCCGCUUCCAGAACAAGAAGGACUGGGUGGAUGCCUCCGGACGCAAGGGCAAGGGCUACGGCGUGUACCGCUUCGAGAACAAGUAUGGUGCGAAUGUGGACGGGUACUCCCCCAUCUACACGCCCGACCUCUGGUCUGAGUCCGGCGACUCCUACAAGCUGGGCCGCAACGGGCUUAUUGCCUGGGCGGGCUUCUUCGUCAUCUUCUUGGGCGUGGCGGUCAACCUCAUCCUGGCCACCUCGGCCGUGGGGCAGUAG